AUGGUUAACACCAGAUCUUCCAACCUGCAAAAUGACCCAGCAAACCCAAACACCGACCCACCAGCCAACCCAAAUUCUGAUUCCAUUGCCCAACAAUUAACUGCCAUCGCUUCCAAAUUAAACACCAUAGACUCUCUAGCAGCCGAAGUCGCAGCCCUCAAAUCCCAAUCUAGUGGGGCCCCUCAUGCAGAAACCAGUACUCGUGUCUCUAGCAAAGGAAAGACCAAAGAAAUUCCCAUGGGACCACAUGAGAAGGGUAGAACAACCUGGUCAGAAGCAGAGGAUGACGACAUGGACAAUCCCUGGUGGUUUAAAAGUCCUUCCCGGCGUCCUCAUACGAAAAUGGAAUUUCCAAAGUAUGAUGGUGGUGAUCCACGAGGUUGGAUCCUGAAAGCUGAAAAAUAUUUCCGUUAUUAUCAGACUCCGGAGGAUCUUAAAGUCGACAUCGCCGCCAUGUAUCUUGAAGGUGAUGCCCUCGAUUUAUUUGCUUGGGUUAAUCGUGAACGAACCUUGCUAUACUGGGAGGAGCUUGUCAACACUUUGCAUGAAAGCUUUGGUCUGGCAGAGUUCCAAAAUCCUGAUGAAUAUCUUUGCAAUAUAAGGCAAACUGGGUCUGUGCAAGAAUACCGUCAAGAAUUUGCCAAGAGAUCUUCACGAGUUACAAAUUGGCCAGAACAUUGCUUAUUGGAUGUGUUUUUAAAUGGCUUAAAGGAGGAGCUAAAGGCUGAUGUUAGAAUCCAUAAGCCCAGGACAGUCUACAAGGCCAUGAGUUUGGCCCUUGAAUUUGAGACCAAACUAGGCCCAAAUCGGAGCACCAGAGGACCCAAUUGGACCACAUCCAGCCGCCCCAAUACAUUACCCCAAUCCUCAUCCACACGAGCUCUUCUACCUCGUGACCACACCUCUUCUACAUCGACUUUUCACAACAAUUCACGCAGUAAUUUCACAGCCACCCCAGCGACAACCCAACCCCAGCAAACCCGAUCUUGGCAAGCUGAAAAACAGGAGAGAAUGGCCAAAGGUCUCUGUUUCAGGUGUAACGAGAAAUUUGCUCCUGGACAUAGAUGCAAACCAAAGAGUUUCUCUCUAAUGGAGCUCACGGACAGCGAACUACCAGUCGAAGAAGAUGAGAACGUUGUUCACGAUGACCCAUCAAUGGCAGAUUUGGCUGAGAUUUCUUUCCAUGCCAUUCUGGGUAAAUCAUCAGGCACCACAAUGAAGCUUCUGGGUACUGUUCAAGGGCGCCAAGUUCUGAUUUUGAUUGAUAGCGGAUCCACACAUAAUUUCAUUGCGGAGAGGAUUGUGGAAGAAGUCGGGCUGCCUGUCCAAAUUAUUCCUCCUUUCGGAGUUCAAAUUGGUAAUGGUGAAGUGAUUAAAUGCAAUCGCCUUUGUCAAGAAGUCGCGGUAGAGCUUCCUGGGCUGACAAUUACCCAAGACUACUACCCGUUUGCAAUUGGUGGUGCUGAUUUGGUGCUGGGUAUCAAAUGGCUUGCUUCCUUAAAUACGGUACAAGCCAAUUGGAAUGAAAUGUUCCUCAUUUUUCAUUUGAAAGGCAAGAAAUAUAAGCUCCAAGGGGUCCCUCACAAAACACAAGCUGAAGCCAGCUUUCAAUAUUUUUCAACAGAGAACAACAUCUCAGGUACUAAUUCUAACCAACACUCUGAAAUUCACAAUUUACUUAACACUUUUGAAGCUAUCUUUCAGGAACCCAAUACCCUUCCACCCUUUCGGUCCCAUGCCCACAAUAUACCAUUACUACCAAAUUCAAAACCCCCAAACAUCAGACCUUACAGAUAUCCUUAUUUUCAAAAAUCUGAAAUUGAAAAUCAGGUUUCUGAAUUAUUACGAUCUGGUUUUGCUCGCCCUAGUACCAACCCUUUUGCCAGUCCAGUCCUUCUUGUCAAGAAAAAAGAUAACUCUUGGCGUAUGUGUGUUGAUUACCAAAGAUUAAACCAGAUUACCAUCCCUGAUAAAUACCCCAUACCCAACAUUGAUGAGCUUCUUGAUGAAUUAAAUGGUGCCACUAUUUUUUCCAAAAUUGAUCUGAGGUCCGGUUAUCACCAAAUACGUGUCAACCCUACUGACAUUCCCAAAACUGCCUUUCGAACCCAUUCUGGCCAUUACGAGUUUGUUGUCAUGCCGUUCGGCCUCACCAAUGCUCCUUCAACCUUCCAAUCUGCCAUGAAUGACCUUUUCCGACCCUAUCUCUGCCAAUUUAUCUUGGUGUUCUUUGAUGACAUCCUGGUCUACAGCCAAACAGUCCAGCAACACCUUCACCAUUUGCAAGUCACCCUUCAACUCCUCAAGGAUAACCAAUUUUUUGCUAAAGCUUCCAAAUGCAUGUUUGGCCAGAGUCAAAUCUCCUUCCUGGGUCAUGUGGUUUCUGCUUAGGGUGUUGCAGUUGAUCCAGAGAAAAUUCAAGCAGUUCUAGAUUGGCCCGUCCCAACUAAUGUGAAAGAACUUCGAGGGUUUUUGGGCUUAACAGGUUAUUAUCGCAGAUUCGUGAAGAAUUAUGGGGCUCUUGCAAGGCCAUUAACAGAUCUUACCCGGAAAAAUGGCUUCCAUUGGUCUUCUGUGGCUGAAACAGCCUUUCACACUCUCAAGCAAGUUUUGACUUCAGUACCUGUGCUACGUCUACCAGAUUUUAGUCAACCAUUCACUGUGGAAUGUGACGCUUCUUGUGAUGGA